AUCACAUUCAUCUUUUCCUUCUUUUUUUUCCUUCUUCUUCUUCUUCUUCUCAUCACAAUGGAAAAUCACAAGAACCAAACUGUUUCUAUUGAGCCUCAAAGAGAAAGAACAAAACUUCCAAAUUUUCUUAUAUCUGUUAAACUUAAGUAUGUGAAACUAGGUUACCAUUACUUAAUCUCAAAAGCUAUGUACCUUUUUCUCAUCCCACUUUUUGGUGCAGCUUCUGCUCAUUUGUCAACUAUCUCUUACCAUGAUGUUAUUCAGCUUUAUGAGAAUCUCAAGUUCAAUCUCAUAUCUGUGACUCUAUGUUCCAGUCUCAUGGUGUUUCUUGUCACACUUUACUUCAUGAGUCGUCCUAGAGGUGUAUACUUGGUAGAUUUUGCAUGUUAUAAGCCAAAACAAGAUUAUACAUGUACUAGAGAGAUUUUCAUGAAUAGGUCUGAGUUGACAGGUACUUUUUCUGAUGAGAAUUUAGCUUUUCAGAAAAAGAUACUAGAGAGAUCUGGUUUAGGACAAAGGACUUCUUUGCCACCAGCAUUGUUGACUGUUCCACCAAACCCUAGCAUGGCUGAAGCAAGGAAAGAAGCUGAGGAGGUUAUGUUUGGUGCUAUUGAUCAGCUUUUGGAGAAAACUGGUGUUAAGGCUAAGGAUAUUGGGAUUUUGGUUGUGAACUGUAGUUUGUUUAAUCCUACUCCUUCUCUUUCUGCUAUGAUUGUGAAUCAUUAUAAGUUGAGAGGGAAUGUUCAGAGUUAUAAUCUUGGUGGUAUGGGUUGUAGUGCUGGACUUAUCUCUAUUGACCUUGCUAAGCAGCUUCUUCAGGUUCAUCCAAACUCUUAUGCCUUAGUGGUAAGCAUGGAGAAUAUCACACUCAACUGGUAUUUUGGCAACAACAGAUCAAUGUUAGUCUCAAAUUGUCUCUUCAGAAUGGGAGGAUCAGCAGUUCUCCUCUCCAACAAACCAUCUGACAGCAAAAGAGCCAAAUACCAACUGAUCCACACCGUCCGGACUCACAAAGGCGCAGACGAUAAGUCCUACGGCUGCGUCUUUCAAGAAGAAGACGAGAAGAGAUCAGUUGGUGUAUCACUCUCAAAAGAUCUAAUGGCUGUCGCUGGAGAAGCGCUUAAAACAAACAUCACCACACUCGGUCCAUUAGUCCUACCUAUGUCCGAACAGCUUCUGUUUUUCGCGACUUUGGUCGCAAGAAAAGCCUUCAAGAUGAAAAUAAAACCCUACAUUCCUGAUUUUAAGUUGGCUUUCGAGCAUUUUUGUAUUCAUGCUGGUGGAAGAGCUGUUUUGGAUGAGUUAGAGAAGAAUCUUGAUCUUAGUGAUUGGCAUAUGGAGCCAUCAAGGAUGACACUUUAUAGAUUUGGUAACACUUCGAGUAGUUCAUUAUGGUAUGAAUUGGCUUAUACCGAAGCUAAAGGGAGGAUCAGAAAAGGUGAUAGAACUUGGCAAAUUGCAUUUGGUUCUGGAUUUAAGUGCAAUAGUGCUGUGUGGCGUGCAUUGAGGACCGUUGAUCCGGCUAAGGAGAAGAAUCCAUGGAUGGAUGAGAUUCAUGAGUUUCCUGUUCAUGUGCCUAAAGUGGAAACCAUUGGGAAAACAAGUUAGCAGAAGAAAUUAAUUUAAUUCCAGAGUUAAUGUUAGGAAGAGUGUGCAAAUUUGAUUGAUACUAGUAGUUUGGCAGUUUGUGAUCUAUAGUGUGGUGCAGUUGAAAACUUGAAAGAGUGGAUAAUUAUUGUCCAAUUGAACAUUUGUUACAGUAUUCUUUUACUUCAUAAAAUGUACUAUGAAAUUGACCUUUCAAAGAUAUAUUAAAUUGAUUUUAAGUUUCUUGUCUA